CACAUAGGAAUGGCAGAAGAACGGGAGGAAACUCCUGAUGCUCUUGCACUCUCUAUUAGUGGUGUUACAGAAUACUAUGGUUAGUGCGUAAAGAGCCGAAAGGCUCUAAAUGAAGAUAUAUUCUUAUUGAAACCUAAAUAUGGUAUGUGCAUGGAAUAUGCUACGAAUGACUGAAAUCUGGCAACUUCUUCUAAGUUUCUCUAAACCUGGGGGAAUAUGACAGCCGCCAUCUCCUCUCCUACAGUCUUCCUCUUGGAGGCUCAGAUGCUAAAGCUCAGCAUCUGGCCUACAUGCACUGCUUCCCUCUAUUCUUCUCUCCUUUCUCUUGUUUCUCCUCUUUAUAAACCUCUGGAUCCUAACCAUUAUGUAACUUAAACUCAUCACCACUCCAUAAUCUUCCUACUCUGUUCUGUUUUCUCCCUUUGAUAUUUUGCUUGAGAUGGAAAGGAGUCAGUUGUUGAGGCAGAUCAACAGCAUGAGACAGUCACUCUUUGAUCAGGGACUCCUUGAUGAACAAUUCGUUCAGUUGGAGGAGCUGCAAGAUGAUGCUAACCCAAACUUUGUUGAGGAAGUUGUAACUCUAUGCUUCCGCGACUCGUCAAGAUUAAUCCUGAACUUAGAGCAAGCAUUAAAGAAGAGCCCUCUAGACUUCAAUCAGUUGGAUAGCUAUAUGCAACAGUUCAAGGGAAGUAUCUCAAGCAUUGGAGCAAGAAAGGUGAAAGAUCAGUGCACACUUUUUAGGGAAUACUGUAUGGCUGGAAGUGGAGAAGGAUGCUUUAGGACUUUCCAGCGACUGAAAAAAGAACAUACAUCUCUGAGAAAGAAGUUCGAAGCUUACUUUCAGCUGAAAAGGCAAGCUGGUCCGAGUCAAGUUGCAAGUCGUCCCAAGUAAAGAAUGAUGGGCAACCAAAGGCUAGCACUUCAAACUUUAGUUGUUAAGUUUCCUAGCAAGCUUAUGGAGUUCAUGCAUAUAAGUUGUUCAAAGCCCCUUGUCUUAACUUCUUGGUAAAUGGAAAGUAAGCAAGUGUUCGCCCUUUUGUACAAAUCUUUCUCUCCCAAUUAGCUGUCUGUCCACUAGUCAAACAAUAUAGGAUGCUUUUGAAAUAGCAAGGAGGUGCAUGCAUCUCUAAUCCAAGCUGAGAGGUUGUCCAACAUCAACGAUCAUAAGAAAAGAUUAUACUUGGCAAGCUUAAAGAUAGAUGUAUAAAUCAGAGCCCAAAUAUUCCAAAAUCUUUAAUUUAUACCGACUCAUUUACUCAAA